CCACCCACCUCUUCCCACCUGCGCCCGCCCGCCCCCAGCCAAGCACCAACCAACCCCCCCUCGGCUGCCGCCGCGCCGAUCGCUCCGCAUCCGCGUCGCCGGCGAAGGAAGGAAGGAGGAGAUGACACUCCUGUGCGUGCCGCUGGUGGUGCGCACGGUGGAGGCGAUGCAGGCCGACGCGGCGGCGGCCGCGGCCGCCGGCGCCGACCUCGUCGAGAUCCGGCUCGACUUCAUCGAGGGGUUCCGCCCGCGGGAGCACCUCCCUCGCCUGCUCCGCGGCUGCCCGCUCCCGGCCCUCGUCACCUACCGACCCAAUUGGGAAGGAGGCCAGUAUGAAGGUGAUGAUGCCACAAGAUUUGAAGCACUCCGUUUAGCAAUGGAGCUAGGCGUAGACUAUGUUGAUAUUGAAUUGAAGGUUGCUGACAAAUUUAUCAGCUUCAUUUCUGGUAGUAAGCCAGACAAGUGCAAACUUAUUGUCUCAUCACAUAAUUAUCAAAGCACUCCAUCCUGCGAGGAGCUUGCUGAUCUUGUGGCUAGAAUACAAGCAGUUGGAGCUGACAUAGUGAAAAUUGCAACAACCGCUACUGACAUUGUUGAUGUGUCACGGAUGUUCCAAGUGAUGGUGCACUGCCAAGUGCCUAUGAUUGGACUAGUGAUGAGCGAAAAAGGUUUAAUGUCAAGGGUGCUAUCGCCCAAGUUUGGGGGCUAUCUAACCUUUGGGACUAUUGAUGCUACAAAGUUAUCAGCAUCUGGGCAGCCAACUAUUGAAGAACUGUUGGACAUUUAUAAUAUAAGGCAUAUAGGACCUGAUACAAAGGUUCUUGGUCUUAUAGCCAACCCAGUAAAACAGAGCAAGAGCCCAAUUUUGCACAAUAAAUGUCUUCAAUCUGUCGGAUACAAUGCUGUUUAUCUUCCACUUUUGGCAGACGACCUUGCUAGAUUUCUCAGCACAUACUCGUCUCCGGAUUUUUCAGGAUUCAGUUGUUCUCUUCCUUUUAAAGUGGAUGCUGUACAGUGUUGCCAUGAACAUGAUCCAAUUGCUAAGUCAAUAGGUGCCAUAAACACUAUAAUUAGGAGACCAGAUGGCAAACUAGUGGGCUACAAUACUGAUUACAUUGGAGCAAUUUCUGCCAUUGAGGAUGGCAUAGGAGGUCCAGGGUCAAAGGAUGCUGCUGUCUCACCUUUGUCUGGCAGGCUUGUUGUUGUUGUUGGUGCUGGUGGAGCUGGUAAGGCAAUUGCUUAUGGGGCAAAGGAGAAGGGUGCAAGAGUUGUAGUAGCAAAUCGUACCUACGAAAAAGCAGUAAGUCUUGCUGCUGCAGUUGGUGGUCAUGCCCUGAGACUAGCUGAGCUUGAAACUUUCAGGCCUGAAGAAGGGAUGAUCCUUGCUAAUGCAACAUCAUUGGGAAUGUACCCCAAUGUGGACGGCACCCCUAUUCCAAAGAAAGCAUUAAGCUUCUAUGAUGUUGUAUUCGAUGUGGUAUAUGCUCCGAAAGUUACCCGUCUUCUACGAGAAGCAGAAGAAAGUGGGGUUAAAGUUGUCAGUGGUGUAGAGAUGUUUGUCAGACAAGCCAUGGGUCAGUUUGAGCGUUUCACUGGUAUUGAAGCUCCUGAAAGUCUGAUGCGUGAGAUAGCAGCAAAAUACACAUAACAGGCUAAUGGCGAGGUGAUGGUUGUGACAAUAAUUAGCAAAAGUAUUCCUGAAGGGUUAAGUUAAUAAAAGCCCAAUUUUGCGCUGGGUGGAGAUCUGUUGUAAUCUUAGAUUUCGCCGACUUGUCACCUGCAACAGGUGUGUAAACAGAGCUGCUAUAGAAUGUUCAAUUUCAUCUCUUCUUUUUGCAAUAAACGAUUUGCACGCAUAAAUACGCAGUUUUGCUUGACGAUUGUGAUUGGCUUUUAGAAAAAGCAUCAAGCUACGAUCGGUGGCUCCCAUGUUCAUCAUGUAAGAACUAUACCUGUCGACUUGCUUGCAAUAAUGUGAUUGGUUCUUCACUGUAA